AUGGCACAAGACAGCAACGAGAAUCGCUUGAAGAGGAGCGCUUUUCUAGCCGUUGUGCUUUCUACCGGAGCUGUCUUUUCUGCUGUAAUCACACUACCCAUGAUCCACAAUUACAUUCAAACGAUUCACACCAAUAUGGUCAACGAAGUGGAGUUCUGCAAGAUUAAAACUCGAGAUAUGUGGAUUGAUGUGAUUUCCAUGGGAAUCGAUUCUCCUACGGCUACAGUAGCAGAAAGGAUAAAGAGAUCUUGGACAUUCGGUCAUUGGAUGAAUGCUCCAGUUAUUGCUGAAACCGAACCCUACGGUGAAGAUGUAGAAGAUGCUGAGUGUUGUGGAUGUCAAGAAGGCUUACCCGGGCCUCCUGGUCCACCUGGAGAAGAUGGUAACGAUGGCUUGGAUGGGAAACCCGGGGAUGAGGGAACAUCCGGUAAAAGUGGAAUCAUUCUUUCACCACUUGGCGUCCAAGCCGAGCCUUGUAUCAUUUGUCCACCAGGACCAGCUGGAGCUCCUGGAGAGUCGGGACCCAAAGGACCCCCAGGUCCAAGAGGAUCGCCAGGAAAUUCUGGCAUUGAUGGGAAAAAGGGUGAGAACGGGCUACCGGGAGCGCAAGGAGUGAAGGGCCGACCGGGAAGAGUCGGACCGAAAGGGCCAAAGGGUGAUGAUGGAAGAGUGAUCAUUGUAUCUGGACCACCAGGCGUUCCAGGAUCUCCUGGGCCUCAAGGACCGGUUGGGCCAAAAGGUGUCAAAGGAGCUGAUGGAAAACCGGGGCUGCAAGGACCACGCGGAGAAAGAGGAAGUACUGGAUCAUCGGGUAGUGAAGGGAAAGAGGGUCGAGUUGGAGAUCGUGGACCACCUGGUUCAUCUGGCCCUCGAGGAUCAUGCUCGCACUGCAGUCCGCCCCGUCUCCCACCCGGAUAU